GUGUCUUGUCAAUUGUUAUCGCUAUACUCGUGUCACGCGUCGUGUUUGUGAGUUUGCCCGCGUCUCAACUCGUCUCAAGAGGAUGAAGCUCUUAAAAACCCAGGCAUUUCUCUCUUCUUCAAGUCAUGAACAGACGUAGACUUCAUCGGUCAAUKUUUCGCCUGUUCGCGUCGUUUUGUUCACUUUCGUUGUUUUGCUCGUUUUAUGUUUUUUACGGGAAUAUUCGCAUAGCUAACGACCUCACUGAAGUCACCAAUUAUGAAAACAACAGGAAUAGAAACAGGCGGCAUGCAAGGCGUUUUUCCAGUGAAACAUUCGAGGAAAAUGCUCCUGUUGUUCAGGGAAACAUCAGGGAUACGUCAAAAGACAAACGGMGAGCUUUACAAGAGUUUUUUGAGCUGAAAAUUGYCGACAAAGAUGUCAAAGUCACGCAAAUAACACAAGGUUAUUUCGGUUGUCCAGAAAUCCGUAAUACAAGGAUCUUCGAUGAAGUUGGCCAUGGAUAUACUAAGUCCGUUCAGAAAGGUCUUAUAGCUGGGAAAUACGUAGCUGUGAAAAGCGUUGCGGAAAGUAGUAAAGAUUUUCAGCAUUGUUUGACCAAUGGACGUAACUACACUCGAUCUCACUGCUUCAACCUAGUCAAAUACAAGCUCGCCAAAGAGAUCAUUUUGCUUCAACAAUUGAAGCACCAAAAUAUAAUCAAGCUGCUUGGAUUUUGUUGGCAAAAUGAAGUAAAUUCAAACAACAUCAAAGAACGAGGGCUUUCCAUGAUUACAGAACUUGGUGAACCUUUAAAUGUUUUACAACUUGUGCAGACUCCUUGGCAAGACCGCCUAAGGAUAUGUCUAGGACUGGCUCGAUUAAUAGCCUAUCUACAAGAUUCACCUAUAGGCUCUCUCAUCAUUAGAGACUUCAGACAUCACCAGUUUGUGCUUGUCRGCGGUGAGAUCAAAUUAACAGACCUGGAUGACGUCGACAACGAACAAAAACCUUGUACUACGGAUGCGCAAUGCAUUGUGGGGACAAAAAGUUUGAACUGGACGUUACCGUGCGUCAGCGGUUACUGCGUGGAUUAUAAUUCUGYUUAUAAUUUUAUUAAUAUAUUCCGUUAUUUUGUACAACAUAUUCUUGUCCCUGAGUCACCUCAAAGGUUAACGGGACAACUUGUCGACAUAGUAAGUAAAGCACAGAACUUACAGAUUUCCAGCGAUAAACUUGUAGAAAUGUUGGAGAGAGUAGUWCAAAGGUUGAGGGAUGGCGACCAUAUUGAAUUUGGUAAGUGUGUUGUGGCUUUAAGCGCUUUGUAGUUGUCACCAAUAGUCCCCUGGGGUUUUAUGGUUUUAUGGGUGACCUGCAAUGCAUUGUGGGUGAUCUGCAAUGCAUUGUGGGUGACUUGCGUAUGAUUCAUUGCGUAUGCUGUAUAUGAUGUAAGGCUUCUUC